AUUCCUAUUUUUUCUUCCCGUCCAAAGGAUUUUUCACUUCGACGAAAGAGAAAGGAAUAUUUUUUAACUUUCUCUCUCUGAUUUUUCCCAUUUCUUAUCCCUGCAUAUUGUAAUUCACAUCUCAUAUCCCAUUUUCAAGCUUCAGCUGCCACACCACAGUACAUAUUUGGCGUGCCGAUAGUUGCUGGAGCUACUAUUACCAAAGGGCGUAUUACUGGACACUUUUAGAUUACUUUCUUGUGAGGUCUAGUUUUGCUACUACCUCACGUGUAUAAAGGAAUUGAGGAAGAGCAAGAAAUCACCUCCAGCUUGCAGAGACUAAAUGGCCAUUCUGGUUCAUGAUGUAUAGAUGGAGGGAAGACUUCUCAAACGAGCUUUACAGAUACACCAAAUUUUUGUUGGGGAUUGAUGCUAGAUUGUCCAAUGCAGAACCUCAAACUCUCCCACAUUCCGCUCAUUCAAUAUAGGCCUAUACGAACCUCUGAUUUGGAAGUACUUGAGAAAAUCCACGGGGAUCUGUUCCCGAUCAGAUAUGAAUCUGAGUUCUUCCAAAAUGUUGUUAAUGGCCGGGGCAUUGUUUCAUGGGGAGCUGUUGAUCGCAAUCGUCCCAAUGGGCAAAAUGACGAACUUAUUGGAUUUGUGACUGCCAGGACUGUUCUAGCAAAAGACAGUGACAUAGAAGAUUUUCUGAGAUAUGACUCAUCGAGAUCACAGCAAACACUGAUUUACAUAUUGACACUGGGAGUUGCAGACUCUUAUAGAAAUCUCGGCAUAGCUAGUUCUCUAAUUCACGAGGUCAUAAAAUAUGCCUCGACCAUCCCGACUUGUCGAGCAGUUUACCUACAUGUGAUCUCAUAUAAUAACCCUGCCAUAUACUUGUACAAAAAGAUGUACUUUCAAUGUGUGAGGAGGCUGCCUGCGUUUUAUUUUAUUAACGGUCAGCAUUAUGAUGCGUACUUGUUCAUCUACUAUGUGAAUGGUGGUCGCUCUCCUUGCUCACCUCUUGAGCUCGUUAAGCUUUUAGUUACUUGUGCAAAGAGUGGAUUCAAGACGGUGGCUGCCAAGCUAUGGACGAAAGAAGAGAGAAAGCCCUCCAAAUGGCCAAAAUCCAAGGAGUCUGGUUCCCUUCUCCCAACAAAACAUAACAGGAGGAUGUCAACUGAGGAUGCUGUGUCUCAAUUUGUUUAAUCUCUAGCUCCUGCAGUUUUGAUGAUACUGGAAAUGGAACCAAAAGUCAGAAAGAAAUGUCACAGUCCUCUAUUUGUUUUCUUAUUUAACUGUGUUUUACCUGUACCUAUAGUAAACCUUUGUCAUAUUUCAUCUUCUGUGCUUGUGAUUUACUAGUUGGUAUGUAUAUUAUUGUGAAAGGUCACCCAAGAAAUUCAAUAGUAUGUGUUGAGAUUCUGUUUUAUUCC